AUGCCCCACUGGAUAUCGGACGCCGCUGACUCUGCUGUGAAUGAUCUUCAAAAAGAAGUGAAGAAUGCUGGUCGCGACUGGCCGGAGAUUCGUGGAUAUGAGUGCGACACAUCAUCUGAAGACCUGGUUUCUAAUACCUGGCAUCAAAUUGUCGAGGACUUCGGACAAGUGGACGUGCUUGUCAUCAACGCAGGUUUGGCUGCUGGCUCUGCUGCGGAGACUGAUGACUUCGAACGGCGUGGGCGUCAACGCCUACGGCUUGGACAGCGUGCCUCUGCGCGGCGGCUACCUGUCCACGUUUUACAGGCAACAGCACGCACAACAUUGAUGCGCAGUGCGCCACCGCGUGCGUAA